GGCCAGGGCGGUGGGGGAGGCGCUGCUGGUAUCUGUCCAGAGACUGGGAGCCUUUGGGCCGGGCCUGCCAGGGAGGAAUUGCGCAGCUGUCCGAAGUCAGCCUCUGGUGCUGAGGUUCCGGUGGUUAGACAUCCUUUCCAAGCAUAAGAGGAAGAAAGAAGUCCACCCAGCUGUCGUCAUCCUACAGUGGAUUAAGCAAGACCAUUUUGACCGCUCCAGAGCAGACAGCCCAUCAAACUGAAGGGGACGAGCAGCCUUGUGAUGUUUUCAAGAAAAGGAAUAGGAUGAGUGACUCUAAUCAAGAACGCAGCAGUGUGAAUGCUGACCCUUCAUGGAGUAAAGGACAACGUUCAAAGAAGCUCUCAGGAAGAAAGCAGACUAAGUCCACAGGCACCCAUGUUUCUUCCCAUCUGAGAAGCAGCAGCCAUGCCCAGCCGGUUGCAGGUAAACCUCCAGAAAGUAUUUCCACCCAGCGAAGACCCGAGCAGCAUGUCCUCGGGGGUCAGGGAGCCUCGGGUCUCAGGUUGUUUCUAGACUUUCAGUCGCUGAGGAUUAUGAAGGAAGAUGCUGAUGAGGAUAGUGCCAGUGACCUGUCAGACUCGGAGAGGGUGGCCAUUCCUCCUUCACCCCUCACGCCUCCAGACCUCCGUCUCCGAGCUGAAGAAAUCGAUCCCGUAUCCUUCGACCUUCACCCAGACCCGAGCCAGGCAAAGGCUGAGUACUGUUACCCUGACUUCCUCCCACCGCCGUUCAGCUCCUGGGACCUCCAGGAUAUGGCCGUGCUUCUGAACACGGAGUGCAGGAGUGGGGCCGUGGCCCGAGCCGCGGGCCCCCUCGGCAAGUACAUCGACAGGCUCCUCCAGCUCGAGUGGCUGCAGGUGCAGACUGUGCAGUGGGAAAAGGCCAGGGCCACCAAAGCAAGGUCUCUGGGUGUCCCUGGGCCCUCGGGGGCUCUGAGAAGCCCUGGGAGAAGUAAGCUGCUUGCUGGCGCUCUGUCCAAGCCCUUACCUCCCUCAGCAGGGGCUUCAAAGGCAGGCCCUUCACGAAAGAAAGGUUUCCACCAGGGUGAAGCCCACCCAUCCUGCUGUGCAUCUGAGCCUUCUCCCAGACCUGAGGACGUGCCGGCUCGCACCAGGCUUGGUUUUCAGAAACAGAUCCCCGAAGUGAGGAAAGAAGUGAGGAAGAAAUUAAGCAAGGGUGCCAUGCCCCAGCCCAGGGAUCUGCCCUACAGGAAUGGCAGCCCUGGGAUGGAAGCCAAUGGGAACAUCCGGAUUCCCAAACAGGCCCCCAUGCUUCUGGACCCAGUGGACUCUCACGGGGCCCCCAGAACACAGGCGCAUGCAGAGCUGAAGAAGAAGGGGACUGCAGCUGGCUGUGGACUCGCCGCCUCAUCCAGGGAGAAGAAACUCAAAACGAAUGGAACCAAGCCAAGUGCACGCAGGUCAGAGCCAUCUCUGACACGAUGAGCGGCAGAGGCCCGCCGAUGUCGAGCGUUUCCAGAAGUGUGACAGCUCACUUCCCAAGUCCACUGGCUCUAUGGUCCUCACUGCCCGCCCCAUCUCAGUCCUUUCAGAGAUCUCAGUAAGGUUCAAUCAGUCUCUCUCCCUAUUGACAGACUUAAGCAUUUGAGCAUCCCAAAGUAUAUGCUGCACAGAGAAAUAGAACAGUGAUGCUAGCCACCUCUCUCCAAGCUGACUGAUGGCUUCUCCCCCAUUUACACUUGCACAGAUGUAUAGAAAACAUUACAUACUGCUUUAUUUUUUAAUAUUUUAUUUAUUAUCUAUCGAUUGGUCUGUUUAUUUAUUUGCAAACAGAAUGGGUGCACCAGGUUCUCUUGCCACAGCAAACAAAUCCAGGUGUAUGUGCCACUUUGAGCAUCUGGCUUUAUGUGGGUCCUAGAGAAUUGAAGCCUGCCUGGCAGGCUUUGCAAGCAAGCUCCUUUAAUUGCUGAGCCAUCUCUCCAGCCCCCCAUACUGCUUUAAAUGACAGUAAAUCCUAAUGUCUGUCAUAAGGCCCUUCUGGCCUAUUGCCUCUCUUUGCUUUUGCAUAAACUCUGAGCCAAGUUUCUGUCACCUGCCACCCUCUCUCCUCCCAGGAGAAACCACAAUCCCUUCCCAGUUAGAAGAACACGAGUUUCUAUUUUGAGCAAUCAUUUAUCUAAGUUGUUUACUCUACAAGGCAAUGACAUCUAGAACUUUGCUGAAUUUAUCUGGCAUCUUUAGGGGACAUUUAAGUUUAGGGGUGGUGAUGAAGUCCAUUCUCUAAACUGAGUUUGAAAUCAUUUGAAGAUUUUCCACUUAGGAAGUCCAUCAGCCUCAGCCUCACUCUGGAGCUCUGUGGUGCGUCUACCUUGGGGAAACACAGAGAUCUCUGUGUAAAUCCUGUAUGGGAGGGUCCUGCAGUAGGCUGAAGCCGUGGAUCUGCAGUAAUGUAGGUUACCACGUUACUCACCUGGAACCCAGGUCCUGUGGUCCUUGGUCAAAACAGUGAUCUAUUUCUAUUUGCAAGAGCAGAGUUUUGUAAUCUUUCUUGGGGCAGGGUUGGAAAGGACAGUGUCCAAAUAAGUGUGUGUGAAUGAAGCUGCUAGAGAAGUGUGUGCUCAGCCCUUUUUAUCAGGCCCGUGGCUUCCUGGCCCUCCCAGGGGCGUCCUCAGCUACCACUUGGUCCUCUCUGCUGCUUCUGCAGCUAUGCUGAGCUUGUGACAGGUGGCUCUACUGACUUCAGUUAGUCUACCCCUGGAAACAACAGCUGCAUUGUUUUACAUGUGGGCAUGCAUGAGUCUAUUCUUCUCACCUUUAGGGCACAUGAGACACUUAACACACUGCAUUUGACAAUACCUAACGGCUUGUGGACUCCGUGCAGCAUCAGUUGGCAUCAGGAACACAUAUUGUGAAAGCACAUUUGAAUCACACUGAACAACACAGGUGUUAUUUUUGAUCACAGCCUUUUUCUUUCGGGGAUUUGUUCUCAGGUUCUCUUUCAUUCGUUUGCAUACACCCUACAGAGGAGGCAGUCUUAUACUAGGGCCUCACACCAUUACAUGGGACCAAAAGAUGUACAUAGACGCUCAGGCAUUGCCUCCACAGUCCUCAAACAUCCUUGCCCUCGGUAUAUGCACCAUGUUGGGAAAACAGCUCUAGUCUCCCUUCUCUUCGCUGUGGUCCCUGAAUGGUGCCCAUGUGCCCAGCUUCCUGCUCCUUGGCGCAUAGAAUAGUUCAUCCCCCAUGGCCAGCACCUCCCUUGUUCUUCCAUGGCAAGUUUUUAAUGCAUCACUUUAGUAAAUUUCAUGGCCAUCAAAUAAUUAUGAGCAUGACAUCACAUACGUGUGUACAUGUGUACUCCCAUAGUAGCUCUAAAGGUGCCAGGCUGGGGAGCUCUUUGCCAAGGAGCACAGCCAUGAGCGUGUUCUUAGAGACGUUGAACAGGCAGGGGGAGACAUCCUCUCCUCUGUUGGCUGAAUGUGUGUCUGAGCUGAAGACUGGCAUGAUCAUGACAGUCAGAGAUAAUGUCUCACACAUUUGAUCUCAGCUCUUUUACUUAAAGUUGGCUCCCUACUCUGGGAAAUAAUGUCCAGUGUUCAGAAUGUCCUAGAAGCCUGAAGAAGAGACUUUGUUUACUGUUUGCCUCAGGUUGGUUGGUUGUGUUAACCAGCUUCGUUGGGCUAGAUCAGAGCUCCAAAUAGACAGUGUCUCUUUCUAAAUUUAGAGAAUUGACAUAAGCACAGUUUUGUUUUUUAAUCUAGUAUACAUGUCCCACACACCUCAGUGCACUGAGUGUUGUAGGUAAGAAUCUUGACAUGUUCAAGUGGAUGCCAUUACAAGUUGAAUUAUAAGCUCAUUUAAUUCGAGCCCACAGUGUCCUGCUAGUUUAGCGACAAAAGUCAUUGUACUUCUGAGAAGUGCCUCUCAUUUGUUUACACAUAUCUCGAAGUUAAACCAUCCGAAGUAAAACCUAAGAGGAAUAUAAGUAAAAAUAUUUCAGGCUUAGAAUCAGUGAGUUGGAAAAGUUGUAGAAAGAUCACAAAGCUGUAACAGCAUUUGUGUAUUACUUUGGUCUUUAAAUGACCAAAAGGGUUUGUCCCUAAUUGAGCGGCGGUGGAAUUAGAGGACUGGCAAGCUGUGGGUGGGAGGGGGAGAGGCGGCGUCAGUCCUCAGAAUGCGAAGGAACAACAAAAGAUGGUUGCACUAGUUACUUGGCCUACUGGGUUACUUUCUAGAAAGAUAAGCAUUGUGACCUUACAUGAUAAGUGCUGCCGGUUUCCUCUUUCAUUAUGCUCACUGACCUGAUGAGUUAGCUGGAAAUAUGGCAGUACUGUAUCUCAAGGCAGCAGACACAGUAUUUGUUAUUUAUGUACAUGUACAAAGCACUAUUAAAAUGGCCUGAAAAUAUUCAGCAUGUUUACUUGCUGUCGUUAUGCUUGUAUGUUUGGUUUCAUAUGCAACAGCAGACUUCAAGAUUUUUGUGAAGUUGGAUCUUUCCUUGAGGUCAAUUAAACAGCAGAACAUAUAAUCUGGA